UUUAGGUGAUUGUUUUUAUAGUUAGAAACAAGUGCUGAGUGACUUUGUUGUAGCUUAGAAAGUACAGGGAAGUAACAGGUGCUGGGGGAAAAAAAAAAAACCUGGCACAAGAGAGAGACAAACAUGGCUUUAUCUGAGCUAUACACCAAGUACAACAGAGUCUGGAUACCGGAUGAUCAACAUGUCUGGAAAUCAGCUGAGAUCACAAAGGACUUCCGCUCAGGCGACGGUGUUCUUGAAUUACUUCUUGAAGACGGAACUAAGCACCUCCACCCAGUCGACCCUUCCAAAACAAAACUGCCCCCUCUCAGAAACCCGGACAUCUUGGUGGGGGAGAACGACCUCACAGCUCUCAGCUACCUGCACGAGCCGGCGGUCCUGCACAACCUCAAAGUGCGAUUUGUCGAGUCCAGAAUCAUCUAUACUUACUGUGGCAUCAUUCUGGUCGCUGUAAAUCCUUAUAAACAGCUCCCUAUCUAUGGCGACGCAAUCAUUCAUGCCUACUCGGGCCAGAACAUGGGAGACAUGGACCCUCAUAUAUUCGCUGUGGCAGAGGAGGCAUAUAAACAGAUGGCCAGGAAUCAUAAAAACCAGUCUAUCAUCGUGAGCGGGGAGUCUGGAGCUGGCAAAACGGUAUCGGCUCGUUAUGCCAUGAGGUACUUUGCUGUGGUGAGCAAAUCUGGAAGUAAGACUCGAGUUGAGGACAAAGUGCUGGCUUCCAAUCCUAUCACAGAGGCAAUAGGAAAUGCAAAAACCACCCGAAACGACAACAGCAGCCGGUUUGGAAAAUACACAGAGAUCAGCUUUGACAGGAAGUAUCGGAUCAUCGGCGCCAACAUGAGGACGUACCUCUUAGAGAAAUCCAGAGUGGUUUUUCAGGCGGAGAAUGAACGUAAUUACCACAUAUUUUACCAGAUGUGCUCGUGUGCUGACUCGGCAGAGUUCAAGACGCUGAGACUGUUGAGUGCAGAUGAGUUCAGGUACACCAGCAUGGGGGGUGAUGUCACUAUUGAAGGUGUAGACGACAAAAAGGACAUGGAAGAGACUCGGCGGACCUUCUCCCUCCUGGGUUUGAAGGAGGACUUUCAGUCGGAUGUAUUUAAAGUACUAGCUGCGAUUUUGCAUUUGGGGAACGUGGAGAUCAAGAUCUCCGGGGACGACAGGUCGUCGGUUCCUCCGAGCGACCCACACCUGGCGACGUUCUGUGACCUGCUGUCUGUGGGAGCGGCGGAGCUCGUGCGAUGGCUGUGCAAUCGACGGAUCGUCCUGGCGGCGGAGACGUUUGUGAAGCCCGUGCCCAAAGAGCGAGCGGUGGCCGCCAGAGACGCGCUGGCUAAGCAGAUCUACGCCCACCUGUUUGACUGCAUCAUCACCAGGAUCAACACGGCGCUGCAGGUUCCAGGAAAACAGCACGCUUUCAUCGGCGUUCUGGACAUUUACGGAUUUGAAACAUUUGACAUCAACAGCUUUGAACAGUUUUGCAUCAACUAUGCAAAUGAAAAGCUCCAGCAGCAGUUUAACUUGCAUGUGUUCAAGCUGGAGCAAGAGGAGUACAUGAAGGAAGACAUCCCAUGGACGCUCAUAGACUUCUACGAUAACCAGCCUGUCAUCGACCUGAUCGAAGCUAAGAUGGGGGUCCUCGACUUACUCGAUGAAGAAUGUUUAUUUCCUCAAGGGACUGAUCAGAGCUGGCUACAGAAGCUGAGCAACUACCUUGAAGCCAAUCCUUUGUUUGAGAAGCCCAGGUUAUCCAAUGAGGCAUUUGUGAUUCAACACUUUGCAGACAAGGUGGAAUAUCAGUGCAGAGGUUUUCUUGAGAAGAACAGAGACGCUCUUUAUGAAGAACUGGUGGACACCAUGAGAGCCAGUAAGUUUUCUUUUCUGGCCAACUUUUUUUUCCAAGAUGUGGAGCAGAGCACAGCAAACAGUAAGGGCGUCAAAGUUAAAGCGGCCCGGCCUUCAGUGAAACCAGCCAAUAAGCAGCUCAGGACCUCCGUGGGAGAUAAGUUCCGCAGCUCGCUGUCUUUACUGAUGGAGACGCUGAACGCCACCACCCCUCACUACGUGCGCUGCAUUAAGCCCAAUGAUGAGAAGCUCCCGUUUGAAUAUGACUCAGGGAGAGUGGUGCAACAGCUGCGGGCCUGCGGAGUACUCGAAACUAUUCGGAUCAGUGCACAGAGCUACCCAUCCCGAUGGACAUACAUUGAGUUUUACAGCCGGUACAGCAUCCUGAUGUCACACGUGGAGUCGGACCUCAGUGACAAGAAACAAACGUGCAAAGACGUCCUGCAGAGGUUGAUUCAGGACCCCAACCAGUACAAGUUUGGCCGUACGAAGAUCUUCUUCCGAGCCGGACAGGUAGCUUACCUGGAGAAGCUGCGUCUGGAUCGACUGCGAGGAGCAUGCGUGACCAUUCAGAAGCACGUCCGUGGAUGGAGCCGCAGGAGGAAGUACCUGAGGAUAAGGGAGGCCGCCAUCAUCCUCCAGCAGUACGUCCGAGGAAAGAGGACGGUCCGUAAAACGGUGACUGCUGAAGCACUAAAGCGGGGCUGGGCUGUCGUGGUGAUCCAGAGGCACUGGAGAGGCUACCGCAUGAGACAGAUCUACAAGGCAGUCCGUCUGGCCUCCACCACCAUCCAGGCCUUCACCAGAGGCUGGAUGGCCAGGAAACGCUACAAGAAGAUGAUGGAGGAGCACAAAGUUGUGGUUCUGCAGAAAUACGCCAAAGCGUGGCUGGCCAGACGACGCUUUCAAACCAUGCGCCGCCUGGUGCUCAAUGUCCAGCUCUCCUUCAGGGUGCAGAAGCUCAAGAAGAAGACUGAGGAGCAGAGCAAAGAGACUCGAGGGUUGAUGGAAAGACUGACAAGCUUGGCCAGCACUCAUUGCCAAACAGUGGAGAAACUUCACAGUCAGGAGGCGCAGCUAGAAAAACUAACCAACCUGAAGGCGUCUCUGGAGGCAAGAGAAAAGAAAACAAGAGAAGAAGCCAACCUGACCAUUAAUCAGCUUCAAAAGCAGGUAGAAGCUCUGAACCUUGAAAGGCAGAACUUGGAGAAAAAGCUUGACGCUUCCAUCAAAGAGGCCAAAGAAAGCUUUGAUCAAGUAAAAAGGAGCCUUUUGGAAGAGAAAGAAAAUGAAACCCGGCUUAGAAAGAUUGCAGAGAACAGCAUUGAGAUCCAGAGACAGGACCACGAGAAAGAAGUGGAAACUCUGAGGGAGGAGAUCAAGCGAUUAAAAGAGGACAGGGUGAGUCUGAAGAGGAGGAUUGAAGAUGGGGCGCAGGUGAACUCCGAUCUGCAGGAACAGGUCAUUCAGCUCACCAAGCACGUGAAGGUCAUCCCAGAGCUGCGGCGGGAUCUGAACAGCCUGCAGAAUCAGAGGGAUAACCUGGACCGCAAGAUGAGGGAACAGUCUGAGCAAACAAGAGCUAAGACGAAGGAAAUCAUAAGACAGCUGCUUGGCGGUGUUGUUGACGAGGAAAAGAUUCUUGGGCUUACUCCAGAAGGCUCUGAGAAGAUUUAUGAAGAGGACGACUUGCAGGAAGUCUUUGAGGGCCUUCAAAAAGCAACCAGGUUACUGGAGAACCACCAGAGGGAGCAGAGGGAGACGUACCAGUCUCAGAUGGAGGGCCUGACUCUAAAAGUGGACCACCUUCAGAACGAGAACGGCAAGCUGCAAAACCUUUUCCAGGAAAAAAGCAACAUCAACGCGGAUAUUCGCCGAGAAGUGUCGAGACUCAGCAGUGAGAACGCGGUCCUGCCGGAGCUGAAGCUGCAGGUCUCAGAGCUGCAGAGACAGAAGCAGGAGCUGGAGGCGGUCGUCAAGGAGCAGGGCAGCGAGUUGGCCGAAAAAAAUAAGGAGAUCACCAACGUUCUCCACAGGAGGAUCACAGAGGAAAGCUCGCAGCGCAGGCACUUUGAGGAGAGGGCCAAGGAGCUGGAGGAGACCAGGGAGGAGCUUCGAGGGAGGAUAAAGGAGCUGGAGGAGGAGAACGAACACUUGAAGAGGCAGCAGCUGAUGGAGGGCGAGGGGAAGAGAAAACUGAGGGAGGAGACGUCGCAGCUGACCGCCGACAACAUGGAAUUGGAGGAGCAGCUUGACCAGAAAGAUCGUUGGAUUAAGAAACUCCAGAGUCAAAUAAAGUCCCUCGAAAUGUCACAGAAAACGAAACAAACUCCUGUCCUUCCUAAAGAAUACCUUGGCAUGUUGGAGUAUAAGCGGGAGGAUGAAGCGAGGCUCAUUCAAAACAUCAUUAUUGACCUGAAGCCCAAGGGUGUGGUGGUCAGUGUGAUCCCCACUCUGCCAGCCUUCAUCCUCUUCAUGUGUGUCCGCCACGCCGACUACCUGAACGACGAUAACAAACUAAAGUCUCUGAUGAAUGCCGUCAUUCAAGGGGUGAAAAAAGUCAUCAUGGCGCACCACAAGAACCUGGAAACAUUGUCCUUCUGGCUCUCCAACACAUACCAGCUGCUCAAUUGCCUGAAACAGUACAGCGGGGAGGAAGAGUUCCUGAAACAGAGCACCCCACGUCAGAAGAAGAACUGCCUGCAGAACUUUGAUUUGUCCGAGCACAGACUGAUUCUCAGCGACCUGGCCAUACACAUCUACCACCGGCUCAUCUCUGUCAUGCAGAAGAUGCUGGCGCCUGCCAUCGUACCCGGUAUGUUGGAGCACGAGAGCCUACAAGGAAUUUCCAGCAUGAAGCCGACGGGCUUCAGGAAGCGCUCCAACAGCAUGUACAAGGACUCGGAGACGUACACCAUCUCCUCCAUCCUGCAGCAGCUCUCCGUCUUCCACUCUGCCAUGAGCCACCACGGCAUGGAGCAGAGCCUGGUCAAUCAGGCCGUCAAGCAGCUCUUCUUCCUGGUUGGCGCCACCACCUUGAACCACAUCAUGCUCCGCAAAGACAUGUGCUCCUGCAGGAAAGGGAUGCAGAUCAGGUGCAACAUCAGCUACCUGGAGGAGUGGCUGAAGGAGAACGAGCUUCAGAGCUCCAGAGCCAUCGAUACGCUGAGGCCUCUGGCUCAGGCGGCCUGGCUGCUGCAGGUCAACAAGUCCACCGACGAAGACGCUAAAGAAAUCACAGAAAGGUGCACCGAACUCAACCCGGUUCAGAUUGUGAAGAUUUUGAAUUCCUACACGCCCAUCGACGAUUUUGAGAAACGUGUGGCGUCGUCAUUCGUCCGCAAAGUUCAGUCCUUCCUCCAGGAAUAUAAAGGCUCCUCACAGCUGAUGCUGGACACAGAGUAUCGUUUCCAGGUGACCUUUCCUUUCUGUCCCUCCUCUACAGCUUUAGAGUCUCUGCAGGUCCCCAGCAGCCUUCAUCUGGACUUCCUGACCAGGAUCUGACACCGCGAGCCUUAAACCUUUCACUCAUCAUUAAUGUAUAAUAUGCAAGUCACCUUAUAUUGUACCUAAUUGUAAAUAUAAGACAACAUAUGUGUACAGAACAUAAAAUGUUAAGCAAUAGCUAGGAUUUUAUAAUCUUUUGUUUUUCCAGAAUAUGUUUUAUUCAUAAUUCUUGUAAAUUUGCAUUAAGGAAAUUCUUUUAAAAAAACAUUUUAUGGCUUGUGCAACAAUAAGGCAAAAAUAAAUUUCGGACUCCUUUUA